ACCGAGAGUACUCCCAGCCAAGCAGCCCAGCCGGGUCACCUCAGCUUCUACUGUUCUUCUUUUUUCUUUUUCCAAAAAACCCAAAGCCAACAUGAACUCUCACUGCAACGUGAAAGUAGGAGAAGCCGCAGUUGAGGAGUUCAACUGCAACAACGGGUUCGCCGACCUCAUCAUCGACACCAAGAAGUCCGCCGUGGCCCACCGCAAGCAUGAGACGUCCCGCAAGGAAGCCGAGGACGAGUCCCACUUACCCGCGCUGGAGGCCGCCUACACCAGCAUCCUGCGGCACCUGGGAGAGGACACGGACAGGGAGGGGCUGUUGCGCACGCCGCUGCGCGCCGCCAAGGCCAUCCAGUUCCUGACCAAGGGCUACCAUGAGACCAUCGAUGACAUCCUAAACAAUGCCAUAUUUGACGAGGACCAUGAUGAGAUGGUGAUUGUGAAAGACAUAGAUGUGUUUUCCCUGUGCGAACAUCAUUUGGUGCCAUUUUUUGGAAAGGUUCAUAUUGGGUACAUUCCAAACAAAAAAGUGGUGGGACUCAGCAAGCUGGCAAGGAUUGUGGAGAUCUUCAGCCGGCGGCUUCAAGUUCAAGAGCGUCUGACCAAGCAAAUUGCCAUGGGAAUAUCUGAAGCUCUGCAGCCAAAAGGUGUAGCUGUAGUUGUAGAAGCAGCGCACAUGUGCAUGGUGAUGCGCGGUGUCCAGAAGAUGAACAGCCGCACAGUGACAAGCACCAUGCUGGGAAUUUACCUAGAGGACCCCAAGACUCGGGAGGAGUUCCUGGCUCUGGCGAUGCACAACUAAAAGACCUGAAAACGCUCUUCAUUCCCGAGCCACUGCACCGGACAGAAACCCACGGAGUCACUGUAGGUUCUGCGUGUGACACUGCUUGGAAAGCCUGUUGAGUUAACCUCAAGAGACCGAAGCCUGCAAGAUUUCAGUGGAAAUCACUGUGAACGCAACAAAUACAUUCUUGGUGCCUUUAAUACAUAUUAUUCAAUUUUACACUGCAAUAUUGUUGUUAUGAAAUAUUUAAGCUGAGUGCAAUACUGUAACAUGGCAACUUAGAAUACAUCGCAGUCAUAUUUCUGUUUUGUUUAUUUUUCCAAUGGGAAUUUCACUGGUGCUUUUCCAAAGUGUUUUUUCCGUACCUUAAUAUUGUGUUCAGCAUUCACUUGUCCAUUUAACACAAAUACAUUUUUAAAAUCAUUGCAUUUUAGUGACAUUUUGCAACACCAAACAAAUGAUACCUUAAGUCCAAAGAAUAAAGCCAAUUAAUGUAAAUCUGUGAUCAAAGAUGAUGAUAUUGUGUAUUCUGAAGUCUUGAAUAAAACAUUAACAUCAA